AUGAAAACCCAUGAAACCCUUUGUUUGCUUGGGUUAUUGGUUAUGCCGCCGGGUGUGCUGCAUGUCUGCCCCUACUAUACUGGCGGUAUCUUCAUGGGAAUCAAGCUUCUGGGCAGCAGUAACCUCAGAAGAGCAAACUCGUCAGAGUACUACUACUACUACAACAUCUUCAGAUGUUUGGAAUUGUUUAAAUGUUGUGGGUUCAAAUGCCAGUUGGCAAUGUUUGGAUCUUUGGAGAGCAGUCAUCUUCACUUGAUGCUCCCAAUUUGUACAGAUAAAUCCAAAUGGUUCGUUGAGUUACUUCAAACAAAAGUAACCCACCUUCUACACACACACAGACAAAUGAAGAUGGACAAAAGAGUCAAAUUUAAUAUCUGCUGCUUCUUGUUCGUAUUACUAUCAUCCAUCUUCGUUUCCAUAGUCGAGGCAACCCCUCCUGUUGCGAACUUGAGUAAAUCAAAUCCUUUUUCCCCUAAAUCUUCUAUAACUCGUUACUGGAAAACCCAGAUCUCCAAUCGUUUUCCGAUCCCUUCUUUUCUCCUUUCCAAAGCUUCACCACUCUCACCUUUCGAAUUCUCAUUAUUCACAAAAUUAGCUUCCAACCACUCUCUUUCAUCUCAUCUUUCUUCCUUCUGCUCCUCCGCCGACUUAUUCUGUUUCUCCGAUCCCACCUCCAUUAAUUCCAGUCGUCUAAAAGACACCAACUUUGCUGUUUACAACUCCAAACGUUUCUCCACCUACGGCUCCUCCCAAAUUGGCGGCGCCGACACUUUCAAAAACUACUCGGAAAACAUUAAUUUUGCAUCCAGUGGUUUCGCCAGAUACAGCGGCAUAUCCACCGGCCACCAUGAAGGAUUCACCUCCUACGCGACUGACGCCAACGUCGCUAACUCAAACUUCACCAGCUACGCCACCGAUGCCACCGGAGCCAACGGAAACAACCAUGCUAUGUCGUUCAAGAGCUACGUCGACGACACAAACUCCGGGAACCAGCAGUUCAUGAACUACGGUAAAAAUGGGAACGGAGUUCCGGUGGGGUUCACCGGAUAUGGUGACACGUCGAAUGUAAUCGGGUCCACUUUUUCGCACUAUGCUGAUCUGGCAAACGGUGCGAAUGAUACUUUCAAGGCGUAUUCAUCAAAUGCAAAUAACCCAAAAAACGAUUUUAAAGCAUAUGGUGGUAAUAGUGGAAAUGCCGGGUCGGAUUCUUUUGUGAGUUACCGAGAUGGAGCGAACUCGGGUACAGACACAUUUCUGUCAUACAGUAGAAAAUCAAAUUCGGGCAAAACAAAUUUUGUAAAUUAUGGAAAAUCAUUCAACCCGGGUGUCGAUUCGUUUAGAGAAUACGGUAAAGGAUCCACGGGUCAAUCUACGGGUUUUAGUAUCUAUGCUUUGAAUACCACAUUCAAAGACUAUACCAAAACUGGUGUCACAUUUGGUCAAUACACAAAACCCGGGUUGAAAACGGGUACUACCAAGGUCAGUGGCAGUUCGGUAAAUAAAUGGCCGGAGCCAGUUAAAUUCUUUCGGGAGAAAAUGUUAAAGAAAGGGACUGUUAUGACAAUGCCCGACAUUGUUGACAAAAUGCCUAAACGGUCGUUUUUGCCCCGUGCCAUCACGUCGAAAUUACCGUUUGCUACUGACAAACUAUCUGGUGUGAAGGAAGUUUUCCAGGCUCGGGACAGUUCUAUUCUGGAGCGUGUUUUAACCAAUACGCUGUCAGAAUGUGAGCGGGCCCCGAGCCAGGGUGAGACCAAACAAUGUGUUGGAUCGAUUGAAGACAUGAUCGAUUUCGCGGUUUCGGUUUUGGGUCAUGAUGUUGUGGCAAGGACGACAGAGAAUGUUAGAGGGUCAAAAAAAGAGGUGAUGAUUGGAGAAGUCAAAGGGGUCAACGGUGGGAGGCUCACUAAGUCAGUGUCAUGCCAUCAAAGCUUGUAUCCAUACCUUCUCUAUUAUUGUCACUCUGUCCCGAAAGUGAGAGUCUAUGUGGCUGAUAUACUUGACGUGUACAAUAAGGUAAAAAUUAAUACUGGUGUUGCAAUAUGUCAUAUUGAUACGUCAGCAUGGAGCCCGGGUCAUGGAGCAUUUGUGGCACUUGGGUCGGGUCCGGGUCUCAUUGAAGUCUGCCAUUGGAUAUUUGAGAAUGACAUGACGUGGACCACAUUGGAUUGA